UUUUAUUUUUUUUUUAUUUUUUUUAUUUUUAAAGAAAAGUAUAACCAGCAAAUGCGUUGUAGCAAUUGUGGCUCAAAUAGAACAGAAUCGGAUGCUGCCUCAGGAACCAGUUACUGUAUUGACUGUGGUACAGUACUGGAAGAAAAUACUAUUGUUGCAGAAGUCACCUUUGGAGAAACUUCUGGUGGUAGAGCAAUUCUCCAAGGUUCGUUUGCAGGAGACUCAGGUCGUAUUGCCGGUGGAGGCUUAUUUGGUAGAAACAGAGGAAGAGAAGGACAAGAACAAGCCCUUGAGAAUGGCCGACAAAAAAUUGCCAGUCUUGCACACGGUCUACGACUACCAGAACGUUACAGAGAAGCAGCCCAGCGAUACUAUAAUUUAGCCGUUGUCAAUCGUUUUACUAGAGGUCGCCGCAGUGAGCACGUUGCUGCCGUUUGCUUAUAUGCUGUAUGUAGAAGUGAAAAGAGUGCACACAUGUUGAUCGAUUUCUCAGACAUUCUUCAAGUCAAUGUCUUUACAUUAGGUGCUACAUUUCUAAAACUCUGUCGAGUGUUGAAUCUCAAUCUACCACAUGUCGAUCCUUCAUUUUAUGUUUCACGAUUUGCAGUUGCUCUUGAUUUUGGAGACUAUACACAAAAAGUUGCACAAGACGCUGUUCGUAUUGCACAGCGUAUGGACAGAGAUUGGAUCGUCACUGGCCGUCGUCCAGCUGGUAUCUGUGGCGCCUGUUUGCUGAUUGCCGCUCGAAUGAACGGGUUCCGUCGAACGCUUCGUGAGAUGAUUUAUGUUGUCAAAGUAGCAGAAGUGACGAUUCAAAAGAGAUUGAAUGAAUUCAACCAGACUGAAUCAUCUAAACUGUCUAUUCGCGACUUUAGAACAAUAUGGUUGGAAAAACGAGCAGAUCCACCUUCAUUCCAAAAGAAUAGAAUGAAAGAGGCUGCCUUACAAUCAAUAUCAAAAACAGAAGAUGGAGAAGAGAACAAAUUAGAAAAGGAUACCGAAACAGAUGGAGAUAAAAUAGCAAAAGUAGCUAGCAUAGACAAGAAUUUAGUUAAAGAUACAGAGAGUCAAUUGAACACAGCAGAAGAGGAUUUAAGUACAGAAAUUGAUAUAAAGGAUGACCUACCAUCGAUACCAGACCUUAUUAAAGAUAGUCAAGACAUGGACGAAAGUCAAACACAAAUUGCUACUCAGAUAUCAGUAUUAGAUGAAGAAGCACAUAUUUCAACACUUGUAGACCAGCUUGGAGAUAAGGAUGCAUCUUAUGUGAACAUCAAAAAUAGCCCUGCAUUUAAUGAUUUACCACCUGAAGAAAAGAUGAAAAUCAUCAGGGCAGCAAGAGAAAAGGUAGCGGGUGAGAUGGAAGUCAUGUUGAACCCUAAUCUAGCUGAGGAUGCAAAAGAGAUUAGUAAAGACCUUGAAGAGUGGAUGCAGGAUGAAUCUGUUAAUAAAGCUGCGAAAGAACUUGAAAAAGCAAAUAACAAUAAAGGAGAAGAAAAGGACGAAGAAGAAGAGGAGGAGGAGGAAGAGGAUGAAGAAAACUUGUCGGACGUUGACUGUGAUGAAAUUGAAGCAAUGAUCUUGACAGAAGAUGAAGUAGCACUGAAAACAAAAAUUUGGUAUAACGCAAAUAAAGAAUAUCUGGAAGAAAUGGCAGUACGCCGAAUGGUUGAAAAAGAUAAGGGAGGCAAAGACCAUAGGAAGAAAGGAGGUAUUCGUAAAAAGAAGCCAAUGUCCUCAGCAUCCACGCCUGCAGAAGCAGCCAAGCAACUCGUGGCAGCAAAGAAAGUCUCAAAAAAAAUAAACCAAGCCGUAUUUGACGAUAUGUUUGAAUCACCUGAAUCUAUUGAGAAGAUCAAGCAAGACUCAUUGAAACGAAAGGCAGACGAUGUGGAUCUUGACGGCUAUGAGGUUGUGGAAGAGUCUGGUGAGUUACCGCAGGCAAAGGUGAGAAAGACAGAUAAAGAUGAAGAACAGGACGAAGAUGAGGAAGAAGACGAAGAAGAGGAAAUCGCUGCUCCUUAUGGAGGAUACGAGCAGGAUCACUAUGACUAUGACGAUAAUUAUUACGAUUACGGUGACGAUGAUUUUUAA